AUGGCCUUUCUUACGAUUCCAAAUGGUACAAAAUGGAAAGUCAAGUUGACAAAACGUGAUGGGGAGAUUUGGUUUCAAAAUGGUUGGUGUGAAUUUGCAAGUUGUCAUGCUCUAACCCUAGGGCACUUGCUAGUUUUUAGAUAUGAAGGAAAUUCACACUUUUAUGUACUCAUAUUUGAUGCCACUGCAACAGAAAUAGACUAUCCUUUAGAUGACCAACUCCAAGUUUGUAGGAUGGAAGACAAUGAGAGUGAUGAUAACUCUCUUGAAAUCAUGGAUGGCUUUAUGCCAAGCCGAAAAACAAGGGAGAAACCACCAUUACCAUGCCCUCUACCUCAUAAGAGGGCAAAAACCAAUCCAAGAAGUUCUCAUUUCCAAGCAAGGGAUACACAUUUCAGACCUGAACUCACUAAAUCUAAAGGGUCAAUGUUAGAGAAAUCAAAAAUGAAUGCAGGGGUAUCUUUUACUAGGCGAGAAUCUAAAGGAUCAACUCAUGGGGUUGGAGGAAAUCAAGAAGGAUGCAAAAGCAGCCCGUUAGUUAAACCUGAAUCUGAUUGUAAUCUGGAUGAUGUGUCUUUCUCACGUGACCAAUGUCCUAAGAAAGAUGGUGGUGUAGGCAUGUCUACCAAUCGAAGAAGGCUAAAAGCCAAGGCUCUUGUGAAGAACCAAGAAUAUAAGGCUCUUGAGAUUAAGCAAGAAUUGAUGACUACUAAUGGAAAAGCUAAAAGUCUUGUGAGAGCCAAUGCUUUUAAAUCAGAAAAUCCCCUUUUCACGGUUAUCAUUCAUCCAUCACACAUUAAUGGCAAGGAUCGUGCGGGGAAUUGA